ACUCGAGAAAUAGAAAAAUACUUUUGACACCCACGUCAAUGCCCCAACUUCCUCGUCACUCUCCUCGUCCAUGUCAAUUACCGUUACCCCUCCAAAACCCACACACGAUAAAACAACCGCGACAAAACCCUAGCCACUGACUCACCACCGCGCCACCCCACUCAUCAUCUCAUGGAUCCGCCGCAGCGCCGCGGGUCUCGGGUCAUCGACCCCGUGGUCCGCAAGGUCGGAUUCUUCGCCCCCGCCGCCGCCGCCCCAGCCGCCGUGCCGUCACCGAACCGCUCCCAGUCGGGCCCGCUCCCCCGCCUCGAUCCUUCGUCCAUCUCCCCCUCUGGAAACUCCCUCUCCCCCGUCAUGAUCCCCCCGCCGCGCCACGCCUCCGACAACCUCUCCCGCGCCGUCGGCGUGCCGGUGCCGGCGGCCGCCUUGCGGCGCCACCCCGUUGACAGGGCUCCCGCCGUGGUCGGGAGCUACAACCAGUCCGAGUCGAUCCUCGGGACGUCGCCGCCGUCUUGGUCCGCGGUCUCGCCUUCCAGCAGGAUCGGCGACGGGGAGUUCUCCGAGGACUCGGUGAACUGGAUACGGCGGAGUAAUUCGGGGAAGUUGGCUUCGUCAGUUCCUACCGGACGGUUCAAUUGGACUGUGAAGAAGGCUCAGGAGGUGUCCGAAUCACAACAUAUUGCAGAGAAGGAUGGAGGAAAAGAUGCAGCAAUAUCAAAUGAAUUGCCAUCAAACUCAAAGCCAUCAAAAGCUGAAAGGCGUGCACUGCAGGAAUCUCAACGAGCUGCAAAAGCAGCUGCACAAGGUUCAAGUAGAGCAGAGGGAAAAAAAUCUGCUGCUGCUUCUGGAGGAGUAGCUCCAGUGCGUGACCAAAGUGGCAAAAGUCAGAAGCAGCCUUUACAAAAGAAGGCCGGUCCUCCCGUGGCAUCUUCUGUUGCAGCAUCUGAAAAGAAAGGAGGUGAUCGACCACCAGAGAAAGAUAGGAAGAAAGAUAUGCCUCCUCCUCGUCUGCAAUUCGACGAUAAAAACCGCGUCGACAAGGCCAAAAGACAUGCAGUGGUCAAGCAAACUGAAGCUAGAAACAGAGUUGAAUUGUUUCGGCAUUUGCCUCAAUAUGAACAUGGAACUCAACUUCCUGAUCUGGAGGCAAAGUUUUUCCAACUUGAUGUGGUGCAUUCUGCAGUUUACAAGGUUGGAUUACAAUGUCUGGCUGGAGACAUAAGUGGGGGUAACGAUCGAUGUAUUACAAUGCUACAUGCCUUUCGGGAAGCCAUCGAAGACUACUCCACACCUCCAAAAAAGACUCUUGCUAGAGAUUUAACUUUGAGAAUCAAUAGCUAUGUGUCAUUUUUGAUAGAAUGCAGGCCCCUUUCUAUAAGUAUGGGGAAUGCAAUCAGGUUUUUAAAAGCUCGUAUUGCCAAGUUAGCUUUAAAUCUUUCUGAAUCAGAAGCAAAAGCCAAUCUUUGUUCAGACAUUGAUCGUUUCAUCAAUGAGAAGAUAAUACUUGCAGACAAGGUGAUAGUCAGACAUGCUGCUACAAAAAUCAGGGAUGGCGAUGUUCUUCUCACAUAUGGGUCAUCAUCAGUUGUCGAAAUGGUUCUUUUACAUGCCCAUGAACUUGGAAAAAAAUUUCGUGUUGUGGUAGUGGAUUCACGUCCAAAGCUUGAUGGCCAAACAUUACUUCGCAGGCUGGUUGGAAAGGGCCUCAGUUGUACAUAUACUCACAUAAAUGCUGUUUCAUAUAUCAUGCCUGAAGUCACUAGAGUUUUUCUUGGGGCUGCCUCUGUACUGUCAAAUGGAACAGUGUAUUCAAGGGUUGGCACUGCCUGUGUCGCUAUGGUAGCUCAUGCUUUUCAAGUUCCAGUUCUGAUUUGUUGUGAAGCAUAUAAGUUUCAUGAAAGGGUACAGCUUGAUUCAAUCUGCUCUAAUGAACUUGGCAAUCCAGAUAUCAUUUCCAAGGUUCCAGGGAGAAUGCAUGUAAAUCAUUUGGAUAAUUGGACCAAUAAGGAAAAUCUACAGCUUCUGAAUUUACUUUACGAUGCCACUCCUUCAGAUUAUAUCUCUAUGAUCAUCACAGAUUACGGCAUGGUCCCGCCCACUAGUGUGCCUGUAAUUGUGCGGGAGUACGGGAAAGAGCAUCUAUUCGUCUAGGGUUUCCUGCAUUGCUGCAUUGUUGUAUUCAGAUGAAAGGUUUUUGAGUUCUUAUGGCACACAAGUGACUGCAUGCUUAGGUGAUUCGACUCACAAAAUGUCAACACCUACUGAAGUUUUUGACCUAAUCAUUUUUCUCGUAUGAAUCUGAAUAAAGUAUGGCCAGGAAAAAAUUCUGAAUAAAGUAACGUUGCAGUGUUAAAUUUGCUGCUGCUGCUGCUUUUGUCUUUCUUAUAUGGGUAAACCUUUAGUGAAGUGAAAUUUGUUUAGUUGAUGAUUGCAGUUUUGGGGACACUUCUGUGUGUAUAUAUUCUGAAUAAGUUUCCUCUGUAGUCAUAUUUUUGCUCUUUGGGUGUUUCA